CAGGAAUGGCACGACCGCUUGUCGACACACACUGCCACCUUCAAGACCCCCGCCUACGAUCGACGCUCUCUGAUGUGCUCUGUCGAGCUGCGAAGGCUGGAUUGACCCAUAUAUGCAAUUGCUCAUGCAACGAAGUCGAGUGGAGUGACUUCUCUUCACUCCUUCAGGACACACCGGCGUCUCCAAAAAUCGUGCCAGCCUUCGGGUUGCAUCCUUGGUACGCAGGUGAAGCAUCGCCAACGUACUUGAACACGCUUCGAAGUAUACUCCACCAGUAUCCAUUUUCACUGAUGGGAGAACUCGGGUUGUGCAAAUCGAGACGUGGAAAACAGGUUCCAAUCCAUGUUCAAGAACAACGAUGCCGCGAACAGCUGCAGCUGGCGGAGGAACUCCAGCGACCCGUGGUUCUCCACUGUGUUGGCGCGCAUGGGCGACUUUUGAACCUUCUUACCCAUGCCCCCUUGCUUCCCCAUGCCAUCUUGCACGCCUACUCUGGAUCUCAGGACAUGGUCAAGGCUUUUAUAAAGCUCCAAUUCCCCGUCUAUUUCUCAUUCACGGCGAAGCAAUGUGUCGACAUGGCCACGUCCGCCAAGAUUCGCACGAUCGUUGCUGCGGUGCCAUUGAAUCGAUUGCUGGUGGAAACUGAUGCCCCAGACCAACGGCCGUCGUAUGCCCCAUCUGCAGAUGCGCCAGUGGCUUUCUUGGACAUGGACGACUUGAUCAAAUUGGAGCACAACGACCCGACGGCGGUCAAGUUUGCCCUGAAUUACGUGGCACUCUGCAUGGGCAGGUCUGUUGACGAAGUUGCGACUCAAAUCUACACCAACGCAAUGGAGGCGUAUCAAUUCAGCCCACAGGAAAACGAAUGACGGGCUCAUCCAUCAACCCAUCAGCAUCGCGUCAUGUCGAGAGCCGCCAGUGCAUCGGCUAUUCGCCUGCUGCUCAGAUAUUCCGUACGGACGACAACGGCCAACAGAAACCGGUGGACUCAAAUUGUUUAGUGGAAGUGGAGGUAGGAGAGCCGCAACAGAACGCAUAAGCCAAGGCAAAUGCCUCUGUUUGCCGUGUUAACACGAUGGAGCUAUAAAAAUCUCAUGGAAGAG